UCGUGUAUGGGCUCGAGUCAGACGCUCUCUGCGCUGGGACCUUUUGUCAGCUGUCACGUGUCACACCCUCCUCCUUUUGAGCCUGAGUGAAAAGCAAAUGAACAGCAAGUGAGGGUGACAGCAGGCGCAGGUGGGAGGAAGGAGGACAAGAUAAGAGAAAAAGAAACUGGAAGGCUUGACUAUUUGGGCAAAGCAUUAAAUAACACUCUUUUGGUUCAAUGACUUAAUCCUCAUUGUCCUAAUGGAAAACUGACCAUUGUGGCAAACCCCACAAUUGGCUUUGUGGUAAAAUGACUUAAGGAGCUACAAGAGAACCUGGCCGACAUACUAUGCCAGACGGCAGUGGGCUCCUUUUGGAUUCUUCCAGCUUUUGCUGGCCUCUACUUGGGAGAAGUGUCGGGGCUUCUGUGGAUGGAGCUCUCUAAGAAACACCCCUGAUGUCUGCCCUGCUGCUGGCAUUUGUGCUCCUGGACUACGGAAUCACCAGCUGCCUGGCCAGAGGAUGGAAGCCUUGCACAGAUCUACUGCCUCUGGAUUUUCUGUCCAAGAUCACACCAGGCAAUGGAUUCCAUGUCAGCGGGCUCAGAAUGAUUCAAGAUGAUGGCAUGAGAGGAUUUCAGAUAUCAUCACCACAUGGGAAGGUUAGCUUUCCUGCCUCCCAGUUCUUCAUAAACUGUGACCACUUUCCAGAGGAGUUCUCCAUUGUUAUUACAAUGAAAGCCUUACAAGCUGCACCAAAGAAAAAUGAAUACAUUUUCACGGUGCUUGAACAAGACUCAAAUAAUCUGCUGCUGGGUCUGAGAUUUUCUCUGAUAAAGCUACACUUUCUCUUCUGGAAUGCGGGGCACAGGGAGCAUGUCAUCUUCCGAUCUGUGUCCCUGGCGGAUAACCACUGGCACACCUUUAUCCUGGCAGUGUCUGGAGAAUAUGCAUCGCUGACUGUGGAUUGUAACAUACCUCUUAGCUUAACGCUUGAGAGACCUUUUCCCUCAUCUUUAAACAUGAAGGGAUCAAGAUUCCACAUUGGAAGUCGAAGAAGAUGGAAGGGACUUUUUUCAGGUUUAUUAAGACAGCUGGUUCUGUUGCCUGGAUCUGAUGCUACCUCAAGAAUUUGCCCCACCUCAAACCCAAAGCUGGCUAUCCUCUCUGUCCCGUCAAUACUUUUGGACCUGCCACUGAAACCCUCUGAAAAUGAAGUCUUGAAGUAUCCUUAUGAAGCUGAAAUGCAUGUGACCUUUGGAUCUGCACCCCCUUGCACAAAGACUGAGGCUGGCCAGCUCUGGUUUGACGUGUUAAGGAGAGGAUUGCACCUGUGUGACGGCAGGGACUGGAUUACCAUGCUGCAAGUAAAAGAAAGGCUGGACUAUAUUGAAAAUUAUCAAGACCUUUAUACCAAUUCUGAAACUCUUGAUAUGGAGAUAUUUGAAAUUCCUUCCAAUGGGUUAUUCAUGGCCACUGCAAAUAAGAAGCCUCAUCCAGGCUCUGGGAUUUAUAAAUGGAAAAAUGGCAGGUUUGAAUCCUACCAGAACAUAACAACUCAUCAAGCACAAGCAUGGAAAUAUUUUACAAUUGGAGAGAAGAUAUUCUUAGCAGUAGCUAACUUUGAGAAGAAUGAGCAAAACCAAGAAGUCUCAGUCAUUUACAAAUGGAACAGAAGAAAAUUAAAGUUUGUCUUGUACCAGACCAUUACGACCUACAAUGCUAGAGACUGGGAGGCUUUUCAAAUCGAGCAAGAAACAUUUGUUGCAGUUGCUAAUCAUCGGCAAGGGAACAAUCACAACAUUGAUAGUGUGAUAUAUAAGUGGAAUCCAGAAACAACACUAUUUGAAGUCAAUCAAACCAUCUCUACCUCUGGAGCUUACGAUUGGGAGUUUUUUACUAUUGGACCCUACAGUUUUCUAGUCAUAGCAAAUACCUUCAAUGGCGUGUCCACUCGGAUUUAUUCCUGCAUUUAUAUUUGGCUUGGUGGAAUGUUCCGGCUUUUUCAGUCUAUUUUGACAUUUGGUGCUACUGACUGGGAGGUGUUCCAGAUUGGUCAAAGAGUCUUUUUGGCUGUGGCUAACAGUCAAAAUUAUGAUCAGCAAGGAGUGAGCUCAUAUGCCAUAAACUCCACCAUUUAUGAGAUGAACAUCACAGCACAGAUGUUUGUCAAAUUUCAGGAUAUUGAAACAUACAGUGCAGUCGACUGGGAAUUUUUUACAUUGGGAGAAGAUAAGUUCCUGGUGGUGGCAAACUCAUUUGAUGGCAAAACAUUUUCUUUAAACAGCGUUAUAUACAGGUGGCAAGGAUAUGAGGGAUUUGUUCCCGUACAUCGACUGCACACAUUUGGCUGCACAGACUGGGAAAGGUUUAGCACUUCUAAUGGCUCCUACCUCAUCUAUUCAAGCGCCAAAGAGUCCGUUUCAAAAGUUCUGAAACUUAAGACGUAUUAAUGGAGUCAUUUGUGCAAAGUCCCAGAAUAAACAGAACACAGCAUUAAAAGUGGAACAGAUGAAGGGUAACAAGGGUUAAAGCUUUUAUGAUGAAAUCACCUAACAAAAUGCUCCUGCUUCAGUAUGUCUGAAUCCUAUGAAUGCGAUAACAGUAGAAUAAGCUGAGUGGCUUUGGACUUGGCCUAGAUCUGCAGUACCUUUUUAUCAGGCAGCUCCACAGUUUGGUUAUAAAUAGAAUUUGGACUACUGAAGACUCAACCAUCUUUGCACACUGAACUUGAGACCACCAACUUGUCAGUUUUUGCCCAGCUUAAUGACGGUAAAGUUACGAGGCUGCACAACAUGACACAACUGCUGAAAUCUCAGGAAUAGUCACAAUAUGAGAAAGCUGGAGAUGUCCUCUUUUGUAUAGACAGUUAUUAUUAUUAUAUUCUGAACUUUCCAAAAUAAAGAAAAAUAUUAAUGUAACAUACUGUACAAAACAGAAAAUGAUCACUUAUUAAUUUUUCAAGUAUUUAAUUUAUUGAUGAAUUUAAAAUAUUAAACAAUAAAAUGAUUUCUAUCUUGGCAUAUUUAAUAUUGUUAAAUAAGCACAUUAUAUAUGCUGUGUGAUACUUUUGUCUUUUGGACCGCAUUGUUACAGAACAUUUUGGCAGCUAGAUGAUCCAUAAGACAACAGUCGCACAAUUAAAUGGGUGCUAUGGGGAAUUUUUAAAUAACAGCAGUGUUAAUUAACCAAUCACUUUUCAGCAAUGAUUAACAAGGACUAAUUAUUCAUAUUUCAUAAUAAUGCUCACAUGAUUUUGUGCGUUGAUUACCAAUUGUGUUAACAAUCAGAAUUAGUUAUGCCAGUUUGGGAAGGCCAUUUACUUUAAUAAUUAAUUAUGAUUAAUAGAAAUGUUUGAAAAUUAAAGCUGGUUCUCGUAGGAUUGUGGAGACAAAAGAUUACACUCAAGGUGCACACCAGCUGCAGAAUCCCUUCAACAAGUCAGCUUUUGUUGAAGCUGCAGUGUAUAUUGUUAUAUUCUUGUUAAUAUAAUAAAUAGUAAAUACUAUUGAAAAAUA